CGGGCUAAAGGGGCGGGGGAAGGGUUAGGGCGCCCGGUAGCGAGCAGGCAGACUAGAACCAGCUGAACGACGUAACACUGUACCAUGCUUCGCAAUGCCCUAGGAAAAACCUUUCGAUUUGUUGGGUAUACUGUGCAAUAUGGCUGCAUAGCGCAUUGUGCCUUUGAGUACCUUGGAGGAAUUGUUGUGUGUUCUGGACCUUCAAUGGAACCAACCAUUCAAAAUUCUGAUAUUGUCUUUUCGGAGAACCUUAGCCGCCACUUUUAUUGCAUUCGAAAAGGAGAUAUUGUAAUUGUGAAAAGCCCAAAUGACCCCAAAUCAAAUAUCUGUAAAAGAGUAAUUGGCUUGGAAGGGGAUAAAGUCUGCACAAGCAACCCUUCAGAUUUCCUUAAGAGUCACAGCUAUGUGCCUAAAGGACAUGUUUGGUUAGAAGGUGAUAAUCUCAGGAAUUCUACAGAUUCCAGGUGCUAUGGACCUGUUCCUUACGGACUGAUAAGAGGACGCAUUUGUUUUAAGAUAUGGCCCCUGAAUGACUUUGGAUUUCUACGUGCAAGCCCCAAUGGCCAUAGAUUUCUUGAUGAUUAAAAGACUUAAGUGACUAUUGCCAGCUUUCAUAACAUUUUCUACUAAAAUCAAUGGAAUUAUUUUUGUUUAGAAUAAAAAACAAUUAUUACUUGACAAAAACGUCUCUUUCUGAGAUUGCACCUAACUUGAAAGUGGGAAAGAUAUACUGCUGUCAUCAACAAAAAUGAUAUGCCUCCUACUUUGUUUCCUCUGGCUAUUCACAAAUCUUGAGAUGGCUUUUCGAAGGACUCAUCUGGAUGCAAAAAAAUCUCAGGAAAUACAGAUAACCUUUAAAAUACUGUAGAGUUCUGAACAGAGCAUUCCGACUUCUUUUUGGUGCAAAUGUCUACUGAAAAGGAGCCCUCAAAGCUCCAUCUUCCUGUAGCUUUAAUUCAUCUCCAAUAAUAUCUCUUUUUGAUAUUUUAAAUUGCUCAGUAUAAGUGAUGGACCAACAGGAAAGUUGUAAUAUCAUCAGACCUAUCAGCUGUUAACUGUGUUAUAAAUCAAGAUAUCCCUUAUUCUGGAGCAUUAACUUCUGCCCUUUAUACUAACAUCAUUUGGGGCACUGAAAUGUACAGCAGAUUUUAAGACUUAGAACACCUGUUCUACAAGUAUUUGAGCAGAUUUCUGAUUAAUUGAAUCCCUUUGUUUUAGUUUAUAACUAAUUUUGGAAAGGAAUGAAAAGAAUAAUAAUAUCACGUGUGCUUUAUAAAAUCCAAAAUUUAAAAGGACCACUUCUACGGGAGUCUAUUUGCUCACUGAUGUAUGUAUCUGUCGUUUGCACUGAUGGGUAUUACCUGGAUAAAUCCCCUGUAUGACAAGAGAAUGUACUUAAGAGGAAAAUAUUAAGCUUUGACCUCAAGUUUUUUCACAGGUAUUUUUCCAUAUACAGAGGAAUGUACCUGCAGCCCCAAGUAUAAAGUCUGUACACAAAUGUUCCACCAUAUGAGUAAGCACAUGAAGUCACCUCUGCAUUCAAGACUGAGGACUAGCUUGCAACUUGAAGUUAUGGCUGAAGCGCAGUUGCAAUCCGUAAAAGUUUAUCUCUUAGCGAUCCCUUCAUCUCCACAACUGAAGAUGACAAAAUUCUAAGGUGCAAACAAAUAAAAAAUUUUUGGUUGUUGCAUUUAGUCAUUGUAUUCUAAAUAGCUAAUUAGAUAAUGAGUAAUUAUACCUUUAUUUGGUAGGCACUAAAUUCGGUGUUCUGUCAGCAUGCAUCAUGUUGUACGGUAAAAGCUAUUUAAAUGUAUUAUUUGUUUUCAAGUCCAUUUUUCUGAAACCUUAGCUUUUCCAGCUGUAUUUUAAUUUUAAUAGCAUUUUUAACAUUGGUGGUUGAUUGUAUACCACAUUUGUGAAAGGUCAUUUUAAGAAAAAUCAAUGCUUAAUAAGCAUACAAGGCAAAAUAGUCAGAUCACAUUAAAGACUUAUAUGGUUUCCUUUUA